AUGAUCAUUCUAAGACGUUUUCUACUUCGGUUCCUCUGCCGUCAACCAGUUAUUCCGCUCUUUCUCUUGGUGGCUGGAGUUCUCUAUAUGAGCAGUACAUGGUCAUAUUCUGGUUGUCUCUUCAGGGAAAACAUCAGCCGACAGCCAAUGAAGGUGAAUGUUAUAUAUAUAUCAACCGACUAAUUACUAACUACUAAGGGGAACAGAUCGCAUCAAGGGAAGCUAGAGUAGAGGAGGCUUAGAAGCUGUGUUCCUCUUAGGGGUAGACUAGGGGCCCUUUGCAUGUCGCCUAACUUCUGGGAACGCAUUACGUCAGUGUUUUAUAGCUUACUAUGACGUCACUAAACAAGAAAAGAAAAAAUAUCCCGUAAACGCGUCCGCUUGUCCAAGUUUAAAGGCCUAUUUACCUGUAACCAGAAAAAUAGACCCGGUUAUUAGCCCUCCGAGUGUAAUUUAAAAAGCCCCCCUCCGUUCAUAAGCCCUGUUGAAACCCCUUGUAAAGAGCGAAACAGUCCUUUCCUUUCCAAAGGUGCUUACUUUGAAAAAAGUCCUAAACCGACGUUAUUAACACGUUUUCAACAAUUUUUUUUAGAUUUCACUGAAAGAAUUUUUUGUUAUUGUUGUUGUUUUUUUGGUUUUUCUGUUUCUUUUGGACAGGAGACAGGGGAAGUUAAAGCUAUGGAUAAAAUGGAUAAACUCGAAGAGUCUGUUCUGGUCAAUACAACUCAAAAACGGAGCCGGUAA